CGCACGUGUCUACCACAGACAGCCUGCACGGCCGGCGGCGGCCGUCUUCGUGACUGUGUUGGCACCUCGCGCUCCGCGAAACUCGUGUCCCGUGGAGCCCUACCCUACAUCGAACUAAACGUUCGUCGAAUGCGCACGACUUUUGUCCCAGCUCAAAAUGAGAUAUUGCCCUUCAAUUGGUUUUUAGUGCUACGCACUACUAAACGUACCAAACUCAGUUUUUCGCAGAUUUUUCUUGGAACCCAGUCUACAUAGAAUCAGAGUGCCCAAAAAGCCCCUCCCCCUCCCCCGGUCUGUCUGUCUACUGGACUGUCCAGUUGUGAGACGAUGGUGGUGAGAAGGCAUCGAACUCUGCCUUUUUCUGCCGGCGACAGCCGCGCCCCGCCCGCCCUGCACUGCAACACCAGCGCCUCGCUAUCAGCUGACCGAGUGACAACGGCUCAGGCUGCUGCCGGCCGAGCCAGAAGAGGCGAGGAGGUUGCGGCCCGUCCCGCCGAGUGGUGAGCUCGCGAUGUCCGACCCCGAGACGAGUACCAGGGCCUCGUGGGGUUCCCCGGACGACUUAUGGCGGCUUGCCGGGGCGUGGUGCGAGGCCCACAUGCGGCCCUGGUCGGCGCCAGCCCCGCCGGUGAGGCCCACCGCCCCACCUCUCCCCUCUCCCGGAGACGAGUCUGAGCGCCCGCAGCAGCGAACAGAAGAGCAUGACGAAGAGGAGGAGGAGGAGGUGAUGGCCGCAGCGGUGGCGUUACUUAGCGGCCCGGAGGCUUCUGGAGGGGUGGAGGCUCCCACCAACGGCGGCCACCUCCCCUUUUACCGAGAGCGGUCGCUGUACUUCAAGCUUGGCAUCAGAGAGGCGCUGUACGGCCACGACGAAGAUGUGGAAAUGGGGGAAAUACGGCUGGCGGCGGCGCAGGAGGCAGCGGCUCAACACCGUGCAGGACGUGAGUCUCCGGGGGGCCUCCAGAGCAGCAUGGGGGGCCCUCACGGGGGCGGGGGCCACGGGCCCCCCCUCGACGGCCCCUCCUCGCUGUUUCUGUUCAACGAGGGGAAUCCCAUCCGCAAAUACACACGCUUCAUCAUCGAGUGGCCUCCGUUUGAGUAUGCCGUGCUGCUUACUAUUAUCGCCAACUGCGUGGUGCUCGCCUUGGAGGAGCACUUACCGGAGGGCGACAAGACCAUCUUGGCACAGAAACUGGAAAAGACGGAGCCGUACUUCCUGGGUAUCUUCUGUGUUGAAGCAUCCCUCAAAAUUUUAGCAUUAGGUUUUGCACUCCAUCGCGGUUCGUAUCUUCGUAACGUUUGGAACAUAAUGGAUUUCUUCGUAGUCGUCACUGGGUUCGUCACGCUCUUCGGUGCCACGGCUGACCCACAGAUUGACCUCAAGACCUUGAGGGCCAUCCGAGUGCUCAGGCCUCUCAAACUAGUGUCGGGAAUCCCUAGUUUACAAGUUGUGUUGAAAUCCAUCAUCAAAGCAAUGGCUCCCCUUCUUCAGAUUGGAUUGCUUGUGUUAUUUGCAAUUGUGAUCUUUGCCAUAAUUGGCUUAGAAUUUUAUUCUGGUGCUUUGCACAAAACAUGUUAUAAGCUAGAGGACUUGAAUGAAAUUGAUAAGGAGGGGGAAGCCGAAACACCGUGUAACACAGAUAAUAAAACUGAGGCUCCGACCGGUAGUUAUGUAUGCAAUUCCAAUACAUCAACAUGUUUAGAAGAGUGGGAUGGACCUAAUUUUGGCAUCACAUCGUUCGACAAUAUAGGAUUUGCUAUGCUCACUGUGUUCCAAUGCAUCACAAUGGAAGGCUGGACUACUAUUUUGUAUUGGACAAAUGAUGCACUAGGCAGCACUUUCAAUUGGAUUUACUUUGUUCCCCUUAUUGUUUUGGGGUCUUUCUUCAUGCUCAACUUAGUUCUUGGUGUUCUUAGUGGUGAAUUUGCUAAGGAGAGAGAAAAGGUGGAGAAUCGACAAACUUUCCUAAAGCUGCGAAGGCAUGCCCAGCUUGAAAAAGAACUCAACGGCUACGUAGACUGGAUCUGCAAAGCGGAGGAAGUUAUACUCGCCGAAGAAAGAACAACCGAGGAGGAAAGAAUGCACAUCAUAGAAGCUAGGAGAAGGGCUGCUGCCAAAAGAAAGAAACUAAAAAACUUAGGAAAAAGUAAAAGCACUGAUACUGAAGAAGAGGCUGAGGAAGAAGAGGAUGAUGGGGAGGGUGAGUGCGCUGACGAUGAUAUCUCAGGCUACUCAAGAACCUCAUAUCUGAAAACAAAAGUUAAAAGUAAAGGAGCUUGUGUAGACUUUUGGAGAGCUGAGAAGAGGUUUAGAUUUUGGAUACGACAUACCGUAAAAACCCAAGGCUUUUAUUGGUUUGUCAUUGUUUUGGUGUUCUUUAACACCGUUUGCGUAGCUGUUGAACAUUACAAUCAACCUCGUUUUCUUACUGAUUUCCUACAGUAUGCUGAAUGGGGUUUCUUAGGACUUUUUAUGAUGGAGAUGUUCAUCAAAAUGUACGCGUUGGGGCCACGUAUAUAUUUUGAAUCGGCCUUCAACCGUUUCGACUGCGUAGUUAUCAGUGGAUCUAUCUUUGAAGUUAUUUGGCAAAGUCUAAAAUCGGGAUCAUUUGGGCUCUCAGUCCUCCGAGCACUCAGACUGCUAAGGAUAUUUAAAGUUACAAAAUACUGGUCGUCUUUACGUAAUUUGGUCAUAUCACUGCUCAAUUCAAUGCGCUCGAUCAUCUCCUUGCUGUUCCUUCUCUUCCUUUUCAUCCUCAUAUUUGCUCUAUUGGGAAUGCAAUUAUUUGGUGGCCAGUUCAACUUUCCUAAUGGCACUCCACCAACCAACUUUAAUACAUUCCCCAUUGCACUUCUCACUGUCUUCCAAAUUCUCACAGGAGAGGACUGGAAUGAGGUGAUGUACCAAGGUAUCCAGUCACAAGGUGGACCUCAAAAGGGUAUGGUCUAUUCCUUGUAUUUCAUUGUGCUAGUGCUCUUUGGCAACUACACCCUCCUAAACGUCUUCCUUGCUAUCGCUGUUGACAACUUGGCAAAUGCACAAGAGCUUACAGCUGCUGAGGAGGAGCAAGAGGAAGAGGAUAAGGAGAAGCAACAAAUGGAACUUGAAAAAGAAAUGGAAGCACUACAUGGACCUGAUGGUAACAAACUUGAUAUAACAUCGCCAUCUCCAUCCCACCCACACGGUAAAAAGGGUAAAAAGAAUGACGAUGACAAAAAAGAAGAGGAGGAAAUCGUUGGACCCAAACCUAUGCUGCCUUACUCAUCAAUGUUCAUUUUAUCGCCAACAAAUUCCGUUCGUAGAGCAGCUCAUUGGGUUGUUAACCUUAGAUACUUUGACUUCUUCAUUAUGGUGGUAAUCAGUUUAAGCAGCAUAACUCUAGCCGCAGAAGACCCUGUUGAUGAAGGUUCACACAGAAAUGAUGUGCUGAAUGUUCUUGAUCAUGUUUUCACCAGCGUUUUUGCCGUUGAAAUGUUGUUAAAGAUACUUGAUUUAGGGGUUAUUUUACACCCUGGAUCAUAUCUUCGGGAGUUCUGGAAUAUAAUGGAUGCUGUUGUGGUCAUUUGUGCUGGUGUUUCCAUUGGUUUUGACCUAGCGGGGUCUUCUGCCGGUUCAAAUUUAUCAACUAUUAAAUCACUAAGAGUGUUGAGAGUUUUAAGGCCUUUGAAGACCAUUAAGAGAGUUCCAAAACUGAAAGCGGUCUUUGACUGUGUUGUAAAUUCUCUUAAAAAUGUGAUCAAUAUUCUUAUUGUAUAUAUUCUCUUUCAAUUCAUUUUUGCCGUAAUUGCCGUUCAAUUGUUCAAUGGAAAAUUCUUCUGGUGCAACGAUGAAAGUAAAUUUACAAGUGCUGAAUGCAAGGGCUAUUACUUUGUAUAUGAUAACAGUGAUCAAUUGCCAAGAGCAGAAAAAAGAGUUUGGCAGAAGCAGCAUUUUCACUAUGAUAAUGUUAUGGCUGCUAUGCUUACUUUAUUUGCUGUUCAAACUGGCGAAGGAUGGCCACAGGUUUUACAAAAUUCCAUGGCGGCUACUUACGAAAAUACUGGACCUAUUCAAAAUUUUCGUAUUGAGAUGUCUAUUUUCUACAUAGUGUACUUCAUUGUCUUUCCUUUCUUCUUUGUGAAUAUCUUCGUUGCGUUGAUCAUUAUCACAUUUCAAGAACAAGGAGAAGCAGAAUUACAAGAUGGUGAAAUUGACAAAAACCAGAAAUCCUGUAUCGAUUUUACUAUUCAAGCCCGUCCUCUUGAAAGAUACAUGCCAAAGGAGCGGAAUAGUGUCAAAUAUAAGAUAUGGAGGAUAGUAGUAUCCACUCCUUUUGAAUACUUCAUUAUGAUUCUGAUUGUGUGCAACACUCUUCUUCUAAUGAUGAAGUUCCACGAUGCGCCAGCCCUGCUCCUCGACAUUCUCACUCUUAUGAACUCCAUCUUCACAUUUUUGUUUCUUCUUGAGUGUAUACUAAAACUAAUCGCGUUUGGAUGUAAGAAUUACUUCAAGGAUGCUUGGAACACAUUUGACUUUGUCACUGUAGUUGGCAGCAUCGUGGAUGCCAUGGUUAUUGAGCUUGGGGAACUCCAAGAUAAGGCAAAUAUCACCUCGACUAAUUCAAUCAAUGUUGGAUUUCUGCGCCUUUUUCGAGCCGCCCGCCUUAUCAAACUUUUACGGCAAGGUUACACAAUUCGUAUUCUGCUGUGGACAUUUGUUCAGUCUUUUAAGGCCUUGCCGUACGUCUGCCUGUUGAUAGCCAUGCUCUUCUUCAUCUAUGCCAUCAUAGGAAUGCAGGUGUUUGGGAACAUGGAAUGUGACCCCAACUCGGCCUUCAAUCGUCAUAACAACUUUCAGACAUUCUUCGGUGCUCUUUUACUUCUUUUCCGGUGCGCUACCGGUGAAUCAUGGCCAAACAUUAUGUUGUCAUGUAUUAAAGGCAAACCAUGUGACCCUAAAGCAAAAAAGACAGGGGAAACCUGUGGCUCAAAUCUUGCCUAUGCUUACUUUGUUUCUUUUAUAUUUUUCUGCUCCUUUCUUAUGUUAAAUUUAUUCGUUGCUGUCAUUAUGGACAACUUUGAUUACUUGACUCGUGAUUCAUCAAUUCUUGGUGCUCAUCAUCUUGACGAAUUUGUUCGAAUUUGGGCUGAAUACGAUCCAAAUGCCACGGGAAGAAUUUUGUAUUCUGAGAUGUAUGAUAUGCUGAAGAAUAUGGAUCCACCUCUUGGCUUUGGUAACAAGUGUCCAAAUCGAUUAGCAUAUAAAAAAUUAAUUCGCAUGAAUAUGCCUAUGGACGCUGAGGGAAGAGUGCAAUUCACAACAACUCUUUUUGCUUUAAUAAGAGAGAAUCUGAACAUCAAAGUUCGUGCAGCUGAUGAAAUGGAACAAGCUGAUGAAGAAUUACGUCAAACCAUACAAAAAAUUUGGCCUUUGCAAGCAAAAAAGAUGUUGGAUCUUCUUAUUCCCAGGCGCGAAGAACUAGGUAGGAACAAAAUGACUGUGGGAAAGGUGUAUGUUUCUCUACUCAUCAUUGAAAAUUGGCGAGCGAUGAAAACCAGCGCCGGAAGUGGACAACAAGGCUUUCGUGGUCAUAGUCCUUCAAAUGAGGCGGGAACAGAAGCAAGCGAUCAUCGGAUGUCCCAAGAAUCUCUUGUGGACCAGCAGCACCUGCAUCCCGAUAGUUAUGGAAUGCAUCGGACAGGGUCCAGGUCUAGAUCUCCUAGUUUAAGGCAUCGGGGACGGUCACCAACUCCUAUCGGCCGGGCGUCCUCGCCUCACGGUAGACAUCAUUACAGGCAUCCUCAUCAUCAUGAAAUCGGAUUUAGUGAUACAGUUUCAAAUGUGGUUGACUUUGUCAAGCAUGAACAUAGAAGGCAUCAUCCAAGAACAAGAGUGUUGUGUUCCCCCCCGCCAGGCUCCUGGUCAGCGUCCACCAGCCCCGCGCGCUCCCCCAGCCCCGCGCGCUCCCACAGCCCCAGCCCACGGAACAACGGGCUUGGUCACCGCUACGGGACCACCAGUUUGGAGCAGCGGUCGCGCUCCCCCAGUCCGGGUGCGGGGGCGAGGGGGAGCGGCGGGGCUCACCACCGCAUGGCGCCUUCCAUGGGGCAACACCACCACCACCACCUGCACCACCUGCCGCGCCCGCCCUCCGGGGCGAUACCGGCACCCCACUCGGGCUUCGGCCCCCACGGCGGCCACCACGGAGGCCACCACGGCCUCAGUGGCCUGGACCCUCCACAGCCCCUGCCACUGCGGCCGCAGCAGCAUAGCUACCCCGUGCUCGUGACGCGCCGCGGGCAGGGGCGCCGCCUCCCGCCGACUCCGAGCAAACCAUCAACGUUGCAGCUGCGGCCAGCGCCCAUCAACUUCCCGCAGCUGAACGCGUCGCCGACGCACUACCCCCUGCCGCAGCUGCCACCGCCCCCGCGGGACCCAUCGGUGCCCGCAUACUGCCCGCUCAGCUUCGAGCAGGCCGUCGCCAUAGGCCGUGGCGGCAGACUUUUACCCUCACCCGUGCCCAAUGGGUACAAGCCGGGUGGGCCUGGAGCCGGGGGCCCGCACGGGCCGCACUCGGGCCAGGCCCAGCCUCCUCCCCACCGCAAGCGAAGCCGGCACUCGGACUCUGACGACGAUGACUGGUGCUAGCCCAGCGCCUCGCCCGCAAUCGGCACCCCACCCCC